CCGAUUGGUACUCACAGUCACAGAAUCGCGAUCGGAUUCCAAGAAGCCGAGUGAAUCGCAGCUCGUUCAAGUCCGCGGUGCCGUCCAGAGAGAGAACGCACACGGACGAAGCCCGCCAUGGCGGCCGCGGCGCGCGCGAUCGUCUGCGAGCUGGCGCCGCAGAAGGUGGCGGCGGCGGCGGCGGUGCCCGCGCCGCCGAAGAAGCGCGACGCCGGGAAGGUGGUGCUCCAGCCCCGGCUCUGCACGCUGCGGUCCUACGGCGCCGGCAGCGGCGUGGUGACGCGGAGGAUCCUGGCCGGGGAGGAAGAUGGGAGCGGGGCCGCGGACUCGGCCGGCGGCUCCGGCGCCGCCUCCCCGUUCUUCGCGUCGCUGGCCGACUACAUCGAGAGCUCCCGCAAGAGCCAGGACUUCGAGACCAUCUCCGGCCGCCUCGCCAUGGUGGCGUUCGCGGCGGCGGUGGCGGUGGAGCUGACGACGGGCAGCUCGCUGUUCAAGAAGCUGGACGCGAUGGAGAUUGAGGAGGCGGCGGGGGUGUGCGUGGCCGUGGUGGCCUGCGCGGCGGCGUUCGCGUGGGCCUCCAGCGCGCGCAACAGGAUCGGCCAGAUGUUCACGCUGGGGUGCAACGCCUUCGUCGACUCCCUCAUCGACAACAUCGUCGAGGCGCUCUUCUCCGAGGGCGAGCCCCAGGACUGGUCCGACGACAUAUGAGUAUGCACGUAUAUACGCAUAAAGACUAGGUAGAGAGUACUGUAUAUACGUAGAGUAUGAGCAAGUAUUUACAGAUAGAUCGAGCUGUUGAGAUCCGUAUAUUUCGCAAGCUUCGUCGUCGCUGCACAACGGCAAGCAAGUUGAUCUGAAUUUUUGUUCAGAUUCAGACAUGGAUCUGCAUCCCAGAUUGCCAGACGUGGAUCAUGUUCCUGUUGUUCUGUGAUCAGAAAUCUGCAGCCUGCGUAGGAACCCAAGCAGAGUGCCUUUCUGCAGUCAGGCAGUCCUGCAAGGUUGUCAAAUGUGUAGAUCUCUUCAGAGAAAUAGUAUACCGGGGAGGAUCAGCCCCUUAAGUUAACUGUACCUACUAUUAGACAUACUGAUAUUGUAAUUAGUGACUGAAGCAUGUAAGCAAGACCAUGUGUUUUCUUCAGGAGUCAAAUCUGGAGUGUUGACUCUUGAGAUUAUAUUACGAUGGAGUGGAGAUAAAUCUAUACGCUGUGUUUCUUA